GUAGGAAGUAGAUGGUUGAGAGAGUUCGACGAGAGCGCGGCGAGAGCAAUUUUCGGGUGGCGUACGCGCGUCAGCGAGAUAAUCGCCCUCUUCGCCCAUCGAUCUCCAUCCACCUCGCGUCGUCGUCGCGCGCAAGCGAGAGUGCAACCACACGAGUGCAGUUUUUUGCCCGGCCGCGAUUUCGGGCUAAUAACAACAAACAACCACCAUCAUCGGGUGCGACAGCUAUUAGUGCGAAUUAUACGUUUUAACAACAACAACACACACACGUUCACAGCCCCACACACACACACCCGUCGUGUGGUGUCGCGGAGUGUCCCCAACAAAACUUGGAUAAUAAUUUUUUUCAAAUUCUAAAUCAAUGUGCGAGUGAAAAGUUUAGAGUUUAAAUAAAUUGUUUGUUGCUGAUGUCGGCGACAAAGUGUGAUUAGGAUUUUAAUCUGGUGGUGCUAGCGGCAGCUACCACGGAGGACGGAGGGUACUUCUGGAAGGAGGGCGGCCGGAGCAGCGGCAGCAGUCUGCACCCGCAUCCGUACCUGCAACCGGCGGCGCCACCGCACGCGUUUGCCUCCAAGGUGGAUAUCAAACCGUUCACGACGCUCAACUUCACGGAUCUGGGCUCCCCAUUUGGGGGCCCCGCCGAGGAGCCGCCCGGCACGCCAACGAUGGCGGCCGACGGCGGCGGCGGCGGCCAUCUCGGCCCACCAACGCCGCACGACGGCAGCAACAAUCCGACGCCCGUCUCCAAGUCGGCGUUCAUUGAGUUGCAGCAGCACGGCUACGGCCCGUUGCGCACCUCGUAUCAACAUCACUUUAACGCGCCCGUCUCAAACGCGCACAGCGGUCCCGGGGGCGCCCAUCCGGGCGCGGACUUUCCCAGCCCGAGGGGCGCGCUUGGCGCCUAUCCGUUCCCGCCGAUGCAUCAAAAUUCAUACACGGGAUAUCAUCUUGGAUCGUACGCCUCCAAUUGCCCUCCAUCACCGAAAGACGAUGAUAAAUGUCUAUCGCUGGAGCGGCCGUCGGGCGGCGGCAAAGGAAAGAAGAUGCGGAAGCCACGCACGAUAUACUCAUCGCUGCAACUGCAGCAGCUGAAUCGACGGUUUCAGCGCACUCAGUACCUGGCAUUGCCCGAACGGGCCGAACUGGCGGCGAGUUUAGGUCUUACGCAAACACAGGUAAAAAUAUGGUUUCAAAACAGAAGGAGCAAGUACAAGAAGAUGAUGAAAGCCGCGCAGGUGCCGGGCGGCACGAACAACAACGGCACGCCGGGCGGCCACGGCGGACUCCUCGGCGCGGGCGCCAACCUAUCGUCCACUAGUCCCGGACCCCAGGGCCAGAAUAUGAUGCAAGGAGGCGGUUCGUCGAGCGGUUCGCCCGCCACCGGCUACAUGCAGCACUCGUCGCCGACGCCCAGCUCGACGCCCGGCUCGGACAUGUCCGGCCAGCCGGCGGCGUCGCCCGGCUGGGACGUCAAGCCGCAGCAGCCCAUUCACCCGCCGCCGCACCCCGCCUCGCAUCCACAUCCGCCGCACAACUACCUCCCGCAGUACUCCUGGUAUCCGACGGACAAUCCCGGCCUUCUAACGGUGUGGCCGGCUGUUUAAUGAUUCGUCAAACCAACAUCAUUAAAUUGCAACUACUAAACUACUAAAUUUAAUUUAAAUUAAACUCGAAUCUCAAACACACAAAUUUUAAACACAAAACAACAGAACAAGCGAUACAAUAAUUAAAUUUAGCGGGAGGUGAGAGAGCAUUCGAUGUGGUUGACGGCUGUCAACUGUCAAUUGUCAACAGUGUGCGCGACGCGCAGGCGCCGUGCGGCAUUUCGAACUGAGUGCAUUGGAUCCAGUGAUUUUAAUUACGUUUUAAGUAUAUAUUAUAAAUAGCGAAAGCAGAUGCAAAGUGUAUAAAUAUGGAAUAAAAUAUUAUUAUUAUAAACGUGCGCGAGAGCAGGGGCGGCCCCGCGACAGUGGAUCGAGAUAAUAGUGUAAUAGUGUAUAAAGUAAUGAGAUAAUUAUUAUUUUCGAGGGUGGCAAUCGCAUUUCAACACAUUCUCAUCCGAUAAAUGCCUGUAAUUGAUUGUUUCAUAAUGAAAUGAAAUAAGUUGCUUCUAGCAAAAUUCUUCAGGAUGAUUUUUUAAUAAUAAAAAUUUUAAAUUUAAAAAUUUGACAUAUAAGGGAUCAAAUAUUAGUGCAAUAUUAACGUGAAUCCACCAGCAACUUAUUUGUCGGCAUUUGUCGGAUGAGUAGUGUGUGAUGUACGCGAUUCCACCCGCAAAAACAUUUGUAUAAAGAUCUGCGUAAUUAUAAAUAUUAAUUAUUAUCAGAGGUCGUCGCUUUCACGAGAGGAGACGGAAGGAAAACCUAUUAAUUUUUAGUAACGAAAUCUCGAGAGCGUUUCAAACUUGUAGAUAGUUUUUUUUUUGUUUGUUUUUUUGAUUUAUUUGUGUUUCGUGCGGUGCUCGCAAUUUCGUUUUCUUGGCUGGUGUGGAUCGGCUGGUGAAUGCUUUUUUGGGUGGAUGAGUGCGCUGAGUGUAUGAACAUAACAAGAAACUGCGAGAAACGGCGACGCAAAGCGAAUGUAGUGACACGAAAAAAAUGGAAAAUUAUGUAUGUACAUGAAAAAUUGAAAACAACUUCUUUGUGAAAUAAAUGAAUUGUAAAGUAUAAA